AUGGCAAGCGGACAACAAUUGAAACAUGAACAUAUGAUGACAGAAUAUAGAAAAGUUUUAGAUCGUGAAGUUUAUGAUAAAUAUAAUAAUUUGUAUAUGUCAAAGUAUUGUGAAUAUUCUAAAUUAUUUACUGUUUCUGACAAUAAGCUUGUUUUGAUGCAAAUUUUUGAGAAAGAUGCUAAACCAAACGAGGAUGAUAAAAAGCCAAUUAAAAUUGCCUUUAUGAAAAAUGGGGACAUCGUCAUGAUCAACCUUGGUGCAUCUAGUGCAUAUGUCUUGACUCCAAAAAAAACAAAAGAAACAACAGAAUUGAUUUGCAAGUCAACAAUGUCGUUUAAAAGAUCACCCAGUACCAGAGUGUUCGUAACACCAAGUGAAAAAUUGUUUAUAUUUGAAGGUUCUAGAUUUGGAUCUGGAUACAUUACCAAAUGGGAUAUUAAGUCUUCAUUAUUUGAGGCGCAAUAUUUUUUGAGCAACGUUCAUGAAAUUCAUGAUAUAAAACUAAAUUACAAUGAAUCAUUAUUAUUAGUAUAUACAACUAAAUAUAUGGAAAAAAAGGAACCUUCUCUGAGUUUAACAAUCUAUUUGGCUAAUAAUGGAAUGAAGCUAGUAACAUAUAUGUAUCCUGAAACCAAGAUUAUCGACGUAUUCGAUAUAAUUGCUUCAGAAAAUGGAGAGCGUUUACUCGUCGUGUCUCAUGACAAAAGUGGUCGAAUUAAUUACGAGUUAAGAGAUCCAUACUCAUAUGCGAAAUCUAUUGCAGCUGAUAAACUUUUUGAAUUUGUUAAGUGGACUUUGAAAUGUGAUUCAGAGAAAGCUAUACUUAAAGCAAAAACUCUAGAUAGUCCAGAUGAACGAGAUAUUAUUUUAGAUAGAUGGAAAAAUAAGCAAUUUGUAAUGCAAUAUAGUUGUCUUUACAAUGACGAUUUAGUUUUGCUUACAGAUAAAGGCGUAUUUAUUUGGACAUUUAAUACAAGAAUUAAGAAAAUUAAGUUGAUUUAUUAUUAUUCAAAUAAAGGUAAAAAUAUGCAAGAGAUCUUUAAAGAAGUUACAUUUUCAGAUAGUUUUCUUCCAUCACCACACUUUGUUACUAGCAGGAGUGAUCAAGAAGCAAGUUAUUUGUUUGAAGAAUUAUUGGAAACGUAUGCUAAAGAUGAAUUUUAUUUAAUUAUCUAUGGAAGUAAUCUUAUGACAAAAUUGGUUCAAAUUAACGAAACUAAAUUAAUGGAAAAUUUAUAUAGAAGAUUUUUUGAAAUAAAUAUUAACAUAAAUGAUCCGAAUAUCCAAUUAUUCAGUAUAAUUUCUCAAUCAAUUACAAAAUUAUCAAGAGAAAACUCAAUAUUUGUGACAGAUUUUAUGACAGAAAUAUCAUUUUUUAUUACUUCUGAUAAAUACUUUUUAACCAAAAUUCUAGAAAAAGGAACUUCUACAAACCACCUAAGUCAUAUUGGACUUUAUAAUCAAUUAUAUACAUCUUUUUUAGAUACUUUAAUAUAUAAAAUUUUUGCUCAAUUUGAUCUUUUUAUGCAAAAGUUAUCAAAGGUUUAUUUCAUAAGAGCUACUAGAUACUUCUAUGAAGAGCACUUUGUAGACUUUAAGCACUUUGUGGUUUUAACAUUUCCUUUAACUAGAUUUGUUAAUUAUCCUAGUAAAUAUAGUUUUUGGAAAGAAUUAAUACUACCGGAGCCUAGUAGUUUUGCAAAAUCAAUUGACUCAGAAUUUUAUAAAACUUGGAAUGGGGAAGCUCUUCUCAAUUUUAAGUGGAAUACCUUUGGUAGAAG